GAGUUCUUCUUAUAUAUAUCAGACCCGCGCUAUUAUGUUUUGGCAUCGACUUGCAGUAGUCACCUCCCGCAGAAAGGCUAGUGCCACCGUGUCGUUAGAGUUGAGAGGGAAAGAGAGUCAUGGCCAAAGCAUGUAAAUUGACCGCCGCCCAGUUCUUCCUCCUGAUGCUCUAUUGCGUUUCUGUUGUACUAGCCGUCCAAGCUCGCCCAGAAGUAUUGCCCUACCAGUACAGCCAGCGCAAUUUCCCAAAUGAGCGGUUGUACCGCGCCUACCUCGUAAUCCAGCGGUUCAAGAGCACCAUCACCAGCGACCCCAAGAAUGCCACUGCCACCUGGACAGGUAAUGACAUCUGCGGCGAGACGACCUAUCUCGGCUUUCACUGUUCGACACCAGGCCGUGAUAAGAAGCUCACGGUAACUGCGGUCAUCUUGAAUGGAUAUGAACUGCGUGCACCAACCCUGCAUGGCUUCAUCGACGAGCUCCCUGAUCUCGCGUUUUUCCAUGCCGCAUCGAACAACUUCGGGGCCGACAUUCCCCGUGUUGAAGGCCUCGAGUACCUUUACAAGGUCAACGUCAAUAACAACGACUUUCCAAUCCAUCCUAAUUCUGGUCCUAUGGUAAUGGGACAAAUAGGUGCAAAAGGUGAUGUUUAUUGCGUGAAGGGCACUAUCAAUUUAAGAUUUUUCCUGGGAACUAAUAACAAGAAGGGAGGAGGAAUCAUUCCUGGUGUUACCGACGCUAAAGCGGUCCUCCUCAACUCAAACAGCCUAUCUGGUCCAUUUCCAGAGAACAUCGGCUUCUCUAAGUUGAGCUACCUCGCCGUCGCCAACAACAAGCUCACCGGGCCAAUCCCGCCAUCAAUCUCGCACUUGCAAGACUCCCUCCUUGAGGUGCUCCUCCUGAACAACCAACUCUCCGGUUGCCUCCCCCACGAGAUCGGCAUGCUCACUAAGGCUGCCGUGAUCGACGCCAGCAUGAACCAGCUCGCCGGGCCGAUCCCGUCAUCCUUCUCAUGCCUCACCAGCGUCGAGCAGCUCAACCUGGGCAGCAACAGCCUCUAUGGAGAGAUCCCCGAUGCUCUCUGCAAGCUCGCCGCCGGCCCAGCCGGCCGCCUCGCCAACCUCACACUGUCAAGCAACUACUUCACAUCGGUCGGACCGUCGUGCUUGCCGCUGAUCAAGGACGGCGUUCUCAACGUGAAGAACAACUGCAUUCCGGGCCUCGCAAACCAGCGGCAGCCGGCGGAGUGCGCGUCGUUCCUGAGCCAGCCGAAGACUUGCCCGCCGGCGAGCGCCGCCCACGUGGCGUGCCCCGUCGAAGUUGCCAACAUCGCGGCGGCGCCGGCGGACAGGAUGGUCAAGGACUACUCCAGCUACGUGACGUACGCCACCCUUCACAAGUGAGGCUGUGCAUGAAUGCCGCAGGGGACAGCUAGAAGCUAGCGUCUCGUUGUGCUUUGCUCUUGUAUUCUUGUGUUCAUUUGGUGUGGUCGUGAUUGUGGUUUGUUUUCUCUUCACGUGUGGCUAGCCAUGCAUGGCUGUCACGUCUAGAUCUCACCUCUCGUACUCUUAUUAUGUACCUGUAUCAUGUGAAGAAUGACUGGUGAUUACGAAUGUUUGGUGUGUGCCCUGCC